GUUACCCUGCACUUCUGUAUGGAACUCCGGAAGGGCAUGUUGGGCUGCCAGUUUUGAAAAGAGACAAAAUCAGUAGAAUAAGAAUGUAAAGGCUAAGGUUGUUCAUGUAUUUGUGUAUGAGUUAUACAGUAUAUCGCUAGCUGAGCUAAUGGAGAUCAAAUAGGGGCACGACGCAUUAAAUUAAAUCACGACAAUGCUAUUUGCUGGAAAAAAAAUCUGACUAAUUGUAUGUGUAGUACUUCUGAUCUUUUUGAAAAACAGUUUGCUAUCGGAGUGUGACUUUAAAUUAAAAUAAUUUAUGAAUUAAUGUGCAUGUUUCUAGGAAUUUGAAAAACAUCUCCCUUGUCACAUGAGUCCUGCUGUUAAGCUGUAGAAUAAUGCUUGCAGUUAUGUCAUGUAGAAUCAGUAAUAUUGUGCACAAGGUCCUUGUGAGCAGUAUAAGACGGGGAAGCACGAAUAGUUUAGGUUUAGUAAGGAAAAAAUGUGUUAGGCUCUCAUUGCCCGUAUUAUCAAAUACCACGCAAUGGAUCUCGACCUAUCACAGACUGUGUUCACAGAAGAACAUGCCAGAUCAAAACAGUUUUGCAUCACGCACCCAUACUUGUGGAGAAAUGCGGUGUACACACAUUGGAGAACAGGUCACUGUUUGUGGAUGGAUUCAGUAUCAAAGACAUGGUCUGUUUGUGAUCCUGAGAGAUUUCAGCGGUCUGAUACAAAUUCUCAUUCCACAAGAUGAGUCAGCAGGGCAACUGAAGAAAACUCUGUAUGACCUGCCCUUGGAGUCUGUUGUGAGAGUGACAGGAAAUGUUGUCCCCCGGCCACCUGGACAGAAGAACUCAGAGAUGCCAACUGGGGACAUUGAAGUCCUAGCACAGGACGUUGAAGUUCUGAAUAUCUGCAAAAAGCUUCCAUUUGAAAUUAAAGACUUUGUGAAGAAAUCAGAAGCACUCCGUAUGCAGUACCGAUACCUUGACCUGCGUAGUGUCCAGAUGCAGUACAACCUGAGACUGAGGUCUCGCAUGGUGAUGAAAAUGAAAGAGUAUCUCUGUAAUCUACAUGGAUUUGUGGAUGUGGAAACGCCAACAUUAUUUAAAAGAACACCAGGGGGUGCAAAGGAGUUUGUGGUGCCCUCUAGGGAGCCUGGCAGGUUUUACUCGCUCCCUCAGAGUCCACAGCAGUUCAAACAGCUACUCAUGGUCGCUGGGAUCGACAGGUACUUCCAAGUGGCUCGCUGUUACAGGGAUGAAGGGUCGAAGCCAGACAGGCAGCCAGAAUUCACUCAGGUGGAUAUUGAAAUGUCUUUUGUGGACCAAGCUGGAAUCCGCAAGCUGAUUGAAGGGUUGAUCCAGUACUCCUGGCCGGAAGACAAGGGUCAGAUUGGUGUCCCAUUCCCUUUCAUCACAUACUCUGAGGCUAUGCAGUACUAUGGCAUGGACAAGCCAGACACACGCUUCGAAUGGAAGAUCAUUGACAUCAGUGACGGAUUCAGAAGUACAGACAUUGGUUUCCUCAGAGAUGCUCUGAGCAAGCCAGAAGGAUCUGUAAGGGCUAUCUGUGUGCCCGAUGGAGCAAAACACCUAAAGAGCAAGGAUAUAGAAUUCCUCAGAAAAAACUCCAAGGCACAGUUCAACCAGGAUGUGACUGUGGUUGUCCUGAAGCCAGACGGUACCUGGAAGUCUACCCUCAGCAAGCUCCUGACAGAGGAGCAGAAACAUCUCCUCUGUCAGGCAACACAAGCCAAAGCAGGAGACCUGCUACUACUUACUGCUGGGGAGCACGAGCCAGUGUGCCGUGCCCUGGGGAAGCUGAGACUGCAGUGUGCCGAGCUGCUAGAGUCGAGGGGGGUGGCAGUUCGGGACUCCUCCGCCUUCCACUUUCUGUGGGUGGUGGACUUCCCCCUCUUUCUUCCCAAAGAGGACGAGCCUGGGAAGCUGGAGUCUGCCCACCACCCCUUUACUGCACCCCACCCCCAGGAUGCCCUCCUCCUCUACACCCAGCCUGACAAGGUUCGUAGCCAACACUAUGACCUAGUCCUGAACGGAAGUGAAAUUGGAGGAGGGUCUAUACGUAUUCACAAUGCUGAACUGCAGCAAUAUGUCCUGGAGAAGAUACUAAAGGAGGACCAGAGUUUGCUUUCACACCUGAUUGAAGCUCUAGAUUCUGGGGCACCCCCUCAUGGUGGAAUUGCACUGGGUUUAGACCGGUUCAUCUCAAUCAUAGUUGGAGCUCCAAGUAUACGAGAUGUGAUUGCUUUCCCCAAAUCUUACCGGGGUCGUGACCUCAUGAGCAAUGCCCCAGACUUUGUGGCUGCAGAAGACUUAAUGCCUUACCACAUCAGCGUUGCAUGGCCCACAGUCAGCCAGGAGACUGAGGGGGAGCAACCUGAGAUACCUGCCAGUGGGAAAGGAUUUAAUCACACAUGAAGUUGCUUGUUAGCAAUGUGAUUUUGUUGACUUUCUAUACUGAUACAUCUUUUGAGUGAUUAAAAUCAAAGACGAAGUGUCGUUUCUACUACUGAGGGAGAUGGUUUUCUCCAAAUACACUUGAUACACCCUUUACUUAUAACUUUUAUGGAACAAAUGUUUUGGUGUUUUGCUUUGUCCCGUUAUGUGUCAAUCAUUUGUCUCUGCGACAGUCUGCUAUUACUAUGCUGUUAGUUAAAGUUAAGGGCAGAGAGAUUGCUCUUGUCAUACAGUCUAAUCAAGAAAACACUUCAGCCUUACUCUGUAACUAUACUGUUUUUAAACAAUGAAAUAUAAAGCUUACUUUCUGAAAAAAAUGUAAUAAAGAUGCCAGAACAACAAAAUACAGUAUGUGUUGGCCAGUCAUUCAUUCUCGUAAUAUUGAAAGUAUAUUGUUUCAUUUUGAGAGCUGUACCAAUCAAGAUGAUGUAUUAUUUAUUUUGAAUAAGGAAUUAUGUAAACAAACAAAACACUGAAAGAUGUGAUAUGUUGUUGUGUGUUAUUUACCUUGAUGUGCCUUUAUCAUUUUAAGCAAACCCUUAAAAA